AUGAUGAGGAUGCUUAUGGACUGGAAACUUGGUGUAUACUGCGUACAAUACUUCGUCGCGGCCUCUAGCGUCUACUCUCUGGCUUUCUUCCAACCCAUAAUUCUGAGGAACGGUAUGGGCUUCUCGUAUGCGAAGGCACAGUUGCUAUCUUCCCCGCCCUACGUCUUCACCGUCUUCGCAUCUCUUGCAGGAGCUUGGUUAUCUGACAAGAUUCGGAUGUGCUGGCCGAUCUUGAUAGGUCAGUCUGUUGUUGCUAUUGCCGGAUUGCUGAUUGUUCUGUACGGUGGUCCGCCUGGCGUGCGAUACUUUGGCUUGUUCCUUGCGACAUGGGGUACGCAAGCCAAUGUCCCUGCCUCGUUUGCAUAUGGCCAGAAUCAGACAGCAAGGGUGCAGAAAUGGGCCGUUGUCGCAGCCGCAAUGAUAUCCAUCGGAGCAGCUGGUGGCGUGACAGGAAGCACAAUAUUCCAGACCAAAGAUGCGCCAAGCAGCAAUAUCUCCCAGACCGGGGGAGUAGACCAGCAUUGGAAGGCGUGGAAGGAUUCCGCUACGCCCCUUGAUCCGGAUGGCUUGGACUGCGGCGCGUUGUUGUAUUUCCAUACUGGUCAUGCUGCAGGUGUCAGAUGUGGAGCAAAGCUUUUGUCGAAUGAGCGCAACUCGGAACACAGAGCGGAAGAUGAAGAGAGGAUCAAUGUGUUGCGACUGACGAAAGGAAGGCUUCAUGGCGUCGUGCUCGAUGCGAGCAUGGAACAACCAAAUUGGGCAACCCGUUCCCUUCGAACCGGAUUCUUGGCAGGCAUCGUGGCUGAUUAA